GAAAGGCCGGGGGCGGGGUCAGCAGCGUCCUCACUUCGGCGGAGAAGCGACGUUCAGAUUGUAACCAAAUCGGUUUCAUCGCCAACCGAUAUCCGGUCCGGACCGGCCUGGUGAGGCCCAGUGAACUAGCUGAACUGCUCAGGUUUGUGUACUUCAGUAAUGAGCUCAGAAUGAAUGUUAACCAGCAGACACAUAUGUCCUCUACUCAUGGUCAGUCUCAGCCUGUAUUCCCAGGUUACCACCAGUCAGGCUACAGUGGGCAGCCCCUGACUGGAGGACCGCCAACCCAAUAUGCACCAUACAAUGGGCCUGUUUUAGGAUACCAGCAAGGGCCAGCUGUGCAAGGUUAUUCCCCUUAUUCCAGUUUUCCCGCUAAGGCUCUUGCUUCUGACCUGUCUUCUUCUACUCCUCUUGAUUUAGGCCCAGUAAGACCUCCACCUACCUCUAUGGCUCCUCCUGUCUCAUCACAACAGCCAUAUAACCAUUCCUCUCAGAUUGAUGCUCAAAAUGGCCCAGCAGCUGUGUCUAACCUACAUCACAGGCCCCUAGACACCCAAACGUAUCUUCCAGGAGGCAUCUCCCCAGGAGUGAAUCAACAAUAUGGAGCCCAGCCUACUAGCGCACACCAGAUAUCAAAUCAGAUGGCAGGAAUGCAUAUCUCCUCAACUGAUCCCUCUUCAGUAAUGCCUGUAUAUGCUCCAUCAUCUGCACACGUUGCAACAACUUCAGUACCGUCUAGUUUUCCUUCACAUUCUGUGUCCCAUGCUAGCCAGCAGCAUAGCAGUCCACCUUCUCUACCUGCUUUUUCUUCAGCAACUGGAGGUCCACCAUCUUCUUCACAGAUUCCAUAUUCUUCAACACCACUUUCUUCACAGACCAUGUAUUCAGCACCUCCACCUCCCCAACAACCUUCCUUUUCAACAGCGUCCCCAUCUUCACAGCCUCCUUAUUCAACAGCACCUCCCACUUCACAGGCUCCUUUUUCAAAAGUCCCGCCUUCCACACAACCUCCUUAUUCUGCAGGUCCACCCACUGUGCAGCCUCCUUAUUCUGUAGCUCCACCCACUGUCCAGCCUCCUUAUUCUGCUGCUCCACCCUCUUCACAGACUCCUUACAGUGGUGCUCCAUCUCCUUACUCUGGGGCACAGCCCCCAUCGCAGCCUUACUCUGGCCCUCAGUCUCCCUAUUCCAGUGCCCCAUCUCUUUCACAGCCCCCCUUUUCAGGCACACAGCCUCCCCCUCAAUUUCCUAGUGCUCCCCCUUCUCGGUUUGGAGGUCCACCUGUAAGACCUUCUGGAAUGCAGGGACCUCCUCUGCCACAGCCUUCUCUUUCAGAACCCCUAUCUUCUCAAGCAAAUCAUAUUGCUCCUGGUUCCCUGCAAUCAGGUGUAGGGCUUCCCAGAGGACCACCAGCUGCAGGAAUGCAUAAUCAGCCUUCCCAAAUGGGAUCACAUGGAUUCCAGCCUCAGCAGAAUGGUGCAUUUGGUCAGGUUCGUGGACCACAGCCUGCUUAUGGAGGGUCCUAUUCAGGCUCCCAGAAUUUUGGAGCUCAACCCCCACCACCUGCAGCCCCUCCACAAUCACGACUUGACCCAGAUGCAAUUCCAAGUCCACAAACCACUGAGCUACCUGCAGUGCAGAAAACAAGACAUAGAAUAGACCCAGAUGCGAUUCCCAGCCCAAUCCAGGUGAUUGAGGAUGAUAAAGCAAACCGUGGAAAUGAGCCUUUUACCACAAGCAUAAGGGGUCAAGUACCACCACUGGUCACAACUCGGUUUCAGGUGAAAGAUCAAGGAAAUGCAAGCCCUCGUUAUAUUAGAUGCACAGCCUACAAUAUUCCUUGUACUUCAGACAUGGCCAAACAAUCACAGAUUCCUUUGGCUGCUGUUAUAAAACCUCUGGCACAACUUCCCCCAGAUGAGGCACUCCCCUACAUUGUAGACCAUGGAGAAACUGGCCCAAUUCGUUGUAACCGGUGCAAAGCUUAUAUGUGUCCCUUCAUGCAGUUCAUUGAAGGAGGUCGCCGUUUCCAAUGUGGCUUCUGUAGCUGUGUGUCUGAAGUACCACCUCACUACUUCCAGCAUUUAGACCACACUGGGAAGCGUGUUGACUACUGUGAACGCCCAGAGCUAUCCAUGGGGACAUAUGAGUUCUUGGCCACUGUAGACUACUGCAAAAAUAAUAAGAUUCCCCAACCUCCGGCCUUCAUCUUCCUAAUUGAUGUUUCGUACAAUGCAGUCAAAAAUGGCUUGGUUAGCCUAAUCUGUGAAGAACUCAAAACUCUGCUGGACUGUCUACCCAGGGAAGGUCCUGAUGGAGAAUCUUCUAUCCGAGUAGGUUUUAUCACCUACAACAAAGUGCUGCACUUCUACAAUGUGAAGAGCUCCUUGGCUCAGCCACAGAUGAUGGUUGUCUCGGAUGUUGCAGACAUGUUUGUACCUUUGCUGGAUGGUUUCCUGGUUAACGUUAAUGAGUCUAGGGCAGUAAUCAACAGUUUGCUGGAGCAAAUUCCUGACAUGUUUGCUGAUACCCGGGAGACAGAGACAGUCUUUGGACCAGUGAUUCAGGCUGGCUUGGAGGCACUCAAGGCUGCAGACUGUGCUGGGAAACUCUUCAUUUUCAACUCAACACUUCCUAUUGCAGAGGCUCCUGGGAAGCUAAAGAACAGAGAAGACAAGAAGUUAAUUGGUACAGACAAGGAAAAGACGCUAUUUCAGCCUCAAACCAGUUUCUAUGGGAGUCUUGCAAAAGACUGCGUGGCCCAGGGGUGCUGUGUGGAUCUUUUCCUUUUCCCCAACCAGUAUGUAGAUGUUGCCACGCUAGGGGUUGUCCCCCUACAAACGGGAGGCUCUGUCUAUAAAUACACAUACUUCCAGGUUGCCGUUGAUGGAGAGCGAUUCUUGAAUGACCUUCGUAGGGAUGUGCAAAAGCAAAUUGGCUUUGAUGCUGUCAUGAGAGUGCGGACUAGCACUGGUAUCAGGGCAACAGAUUUUUUUGGAGCUUUUUAUAUGAGCAACACGACUGACGUGGAGCUGGCUGGUCUGGAUUCUCAUAAGACAGUAACAGUGGAGUUUAGACAUGAUGACAAGCUCAGCGAGGAAAGUGGAGCAUUCAUACAGUGUGCAGUUCUAUAUACUAGCUGCAGUGGUCAGAGAAGACUGCGUGUCCAUAAUUUGUCUCUCAACUGCUGUACACAGUUGGCUGAACUCUACAGGAAUUGUGAGACUGACUGCCUGAUUAAUUUCUUUGCUAAAUAUGCCUACCGCAGUGUCCUAAAUGGAACAACAAAAUCUGUAAGAGACGGUCUAAUAAACCAGACUGCACAGAUCCUAGCUUGCUAUCGCAAGAAUUGUGCAAGCCCCUCAUCAGCAGGACAGCUUAUCUUGCCCGAGUGCUUAAAACUUCUCCCAGUAUAUUUAAACUGUGUCUUGAAAAGUGAUGUGCUCCAGCCGAGUGCGGAUGUGUCUAUUGAUGACCGUGCCUACCUUCGGCAGCUUGUUACCUCAAUGGAUGUUGCUGAAAGCCAUGUUUUCUUCUAUCCACAACUUCUGCCUUUGCAAAAACUUGAUGUGGAAAGUGAGGCUGUACCUGUUGCAAUACGUGAUUCAGAAGAACGACUGUCCAAGGGUGGAAUCUACCUUCUAGAGAAUGGACUGAACCUGUUCCUGUGGGUAGGGGCUAACGUUCAACAGGAACAGCUUCUUAACAUCUUUAACACACCCACAUUUGGACAGGUCGACCCAAAUAUGACAAACCUGCCUGUGCUGGAUAAUCCUUACUCUAGGAAAUUAAGAACUCUUAUUGAUUGCUUGAGAGUACAGAGACCACGAUACAUGAAGUUGCUGGUAGUGAAGCAGGAGGACAAAUUAGAACUGAUUUUCAAGCGUUUCUUGAUGGAGGACAAGAGCAGUAGUGGUGGCGGCCUCAUAUGCGGACUCUCCUGUGUCACAUGCACAAGGAAACUUCGACAGCUGCUUAGCUAGGAGGAGGGGCAGUCCCCAGCAAAUGCCUCACAAUCAUAGACUCUUAACUUUUUUUUUGUAAUUGACAAGACUAAAAAUCUAAGGAAAACCCCUUCUGAAUGGAAUUCCACUAUCUUCUCCUCACUGGACUUGUGUUCUUUACUUUCUUGAAUCCUCAAGUCAUUAACAGGGCAGAGAUAACGGGUUGCCUGUCAAGACUCUCCUGGCUUGCAUCUCAGAUCUAUCGGAAUAUCCGUAAUAAUAUACAAGACCACCUGUGCUUUGUGUAGCACGGCAAAAGCAUAGGAAGAACACUUUCUAAAUGGAUUAUUCUGACAGCGGAUGACAAAAGCCACGGUGGGAUGUGUUGACUGUAAAGCAAACAUAUGAAUUGGAGAAAACACAAAUCAUAGCAAAUGGAAUAAAACCCUCCUGAGAUUUAUUUUUCUAAUCUGCAUAGUUUCCCUGGCAUCACCAGGCUGUACCCACACACUGUUUCCUCUGUGUGCGUUUUCAUUGUUUUUAUUCUCUGUCUGACUGGUGGUGUUGUCUCUGAGGGUCAUCAGAGGAAUUUUCUGCUCCUUUAGAAUCAGUCAUCAGACUAACUGAGUAUCUGGCCUUUCAGAGUCAUGAGGCGAAUUAUAAGGCUGUCCAGCCUUCUCUCAUUAGCUGUUCUCAUAAGAAUCUUCAGAUUUGCCCCAGAGCUUAACAUUUGAGUUAACCACGCAUUAAAACUGCAUUGCGCAGGCAGGCUGCCAGCUAAAGUGUCCUAUGAAAACAGUUUUUAAGAGACGAGUUGGGCAGCUUCAAUGUUUAAGCUGAUGGCAGGGUGGCGUGUAGUUAAAGACAGUAUGAUCGUGACUUGCAGAGUUUUGAUUUAUUAACUACAAAGUUAAAAAGGAGAAAGAUUUAAUAAAUGGAAUUAUUUACCAUUUUUUUUUCUG